UAUAGUCCUUGAUGAAAGCCCAUUUGGUACAGUCCUUGAUUGACCAAUGAACGCACGCCGUGACGUUUACAACCCCAUAUUCUGUAAUGUCAGCCUCCAGGAGCCAUGCCAGGGUAUGAAGAACGAAGGGAAGGGCACGGAAAUUCAACAGCCUAGUUUAAGUGUAGCAAAAGUCUUCUUGAUGGCACAAGAGUGACAAACUCCUAGGCUCCAUUGGCACCUAGGCGGCGAGACAUUUCGAAGGAGGAGACAUGUUUAAAAAGAGCAAAAACCUGAAGUAUAUCCUGAGUCUGGUUCCGGGCAAACGGCGCUUUGGGAUCUACAGAUUUUUGCCCUUCUUCUUCUGCAUCGGCGGCGUUAUGGAGUGGGUCAUGAUAAACGUGAGAAUAGGAAGAGAGACAUUUUAUGACGUCUAUAGGAGAAAACGCUCUGAGAGGGAGUACCAGCAGAAAAUUGAGGACGGACUGAUAGUACUUCCCGAGUCAGAAACAAAACAAACUUAAGGAUCAUCUUCUUGGAAGUAUACAAACCCAUACAGAAUGAAAGCAGAGUGGACGCUGAAACAGGACGCGGCUUUUCAAACUGGUGGAUUUGAGACUUUACUGCCGUCCUGCCGACAUUUUCAUCUUUCGUUCUCUAAACAGAGGCAACAGAUCAUAUCAGAGAAAGACAUUUGUUCAAGAUGGAUUUAUUAACAAAGGAUUUUGAAUACCGUGUCAUACAUUUACCAAAUUAAUGAAUUUACUCAAACUUUUUCUCACUGUAUAUGUUAAAUUUUCCUUUCCCUCCUCUUAACGGUACCAUGUUAAAUAAAAAUGAAGUAAAAUGAU